AUGGACGUGACGGGAGGGAACUUUGCUGCUCUUUUGCCAUGGAUUCUCUACCAGAUCUCAUGCAGCUGCUUUGUGGCUAUUGAUUUGGAAUUCUCCGGCAUUGCAAUUGUUCCAACCAGCAAGCUUUCCAAAGAUCAAUCGCUCCAGGAACGUUACCUCGAAGUCAAGGCCGCCGCAGAGAGAUAUCAGAUUCUCCAGAUUGGUCUGACUGUAUGCCGAGAGAACACAACUAAUGCAACCUACACAAUGGCGCCUUACAACAUCAACCUCAGUCCAUUCGUCGACCGGGCGUUAGAUGUCAAUCGAGACUGGACCUUUAUGAGCUGGUCUAUGGAAUUCUUAAUGAAGCACCAAUUCAGCAUGGAGUCAUUGUGUAAAUACGGGGUGCGAUAUCUCUCUCGGGAGGAAGAGAUUCAAUGCAUGAUCAUUGCCCACCAGCGAUGGAGUAUCACAAACGCGAUCUCCGAGAUUACAGUAAAGGAAACUGAUAAAGAAACAAUCAAUUUCCUUGGAGCCACACGUCGAGUGAUCGACUGGUGGGUGGCCCAGAGUGAGGACAAACGCGCCGAUUAUCUCAACAUCCCGUCACAUGUCUACCCCCGCUCCAAGGCCGGUACGCCUCUCCCUCGUAUCCUAAAUAACAUGGAAAAGCGGCUCGUGCAUCAGCUCGUCACUGCGGAAUAUCCAAAACUCAAAUCAAGAAGUAGACCUAUGUUCGUGCAGAUUGAUUUCGCUGACCCUGUCAAGGAUAAGGACGCCAAUAAAGCAAAGGCAAAUGCAUUGAAGACUACAAUCCGCCGGCAUGUGGGAUUUCGGUGGCUCAUUGAGGCCUUGGUCGGAGGAGACUUAUCGGAGCUCCCCGACGAAACCUUUAGUAUCUUCGUCAUGAAAAAUGGAUCUUCGCCUUAUGGAGCAGCAGACCUUGCCAGAAUUAUUCGGAAACGCCUCCAGGAGAACCGGCCGGUUUUGAUCGGACAUAAUUGCUUCAUGGAUCUCGCCUUCUUGUACAGUGGGUUUAUUGGACCUCUGCCAGAUGACGUGGAGGAAUUCCAGAAACUGAUCCAUGGCGUGUUACCUAAUGUGGUUGACACGAAAUACCUUGCGACUCACGAUGCGGGCUCUAUCAACCCAGCCUCCUCGCUGGAUGAAGUCGCCCGCAGGUUGGUAAACGUAUCAAAACCCACUAUCCUAAUCGAUGACCAAGCAGUGAAGUAUACUGUGCGAAAAAGCAGUCAUGAAGCCGGCUAUGACAGCAUGCUAUCGGCGAUCAUCUUCAUGAAGCUGUCAGUCCAGCUUCAGAAGGGCCAAAUUCAAUAUUGCAAAUCGGCAGAUCUGGAAGGUAUGAAGAUCUGCGUUGCCAAAGAGCCGUCUCAGAUCUGCCAAAUGGAGCAGCAGUUCAAGGAAGAACAGGCGAAAGGAAUCAAAGCUGGAACCUCAGCUAUAGAAGCCGAUUUGAUUGAGUUCAGUGAUGAUGAAAGCUCACCACCCAAACGACGAUCUGCUCUGGAUGAGAGUGGAUCGGAGGAAGUUGCUAAAAAGGUGCAAGGUGGCCAGUUGGUACCCCGCCUGGAUAGCAAGUUUUGGAGAGUUUACGGGAACAAACUACGGGUGUUUGGCACGACGGAGCGGAUUAUGAAUUUAAGCUAG